CUCCUCUCCCGCGGCCGAUCCCGACGCCGUCGCUUCCCGAGCGGGUCUUUCGGAGCGUCCUCGGCCGUCGCCAUGGUGAAGCUAAGCAAAGAGGCCAAGCAGAGGCUGCAGCAGCUCUUCAAGGGCGGCCAGUUUGCCAUCCGCUGGGGCUUCAUUCCUCUCGUGAUCUACCUGGGAUUUAAGAGAGGCGCCGAUCCUGGAAUGCCCGAACCGACCGUUUUGAGCUUACUCUGGGGCUAAAGGACUGUUUGAUCAUCUGAAUUUGGACACAGUCAAUGGACGGGAACAACAUGCAAGGUAUACGCUCUGGCUGGGAUAAGAGAUGGGACGUCGUUCAGACACUCACCAACUGGAUGGCACAUGGCUCUUACUUCACAGAUGCGUAUGUGGCGGAGUGGAACCUCUAUGGAUUUAUUUAUAAUAGAUUGUAUCAAAAUAAAUGUUUUUAACAGUG